CAGAGUUCAGUUCGCAUGAACGCGCGUUUCCACCGGCGGACCGAGUCCGAGUUUCAGAGACACAUGAAUAAACAGCAUUACUGGACUUUUUGAGGCAAAAUGGAUUUCCUCAUCGGGAGCCCUUUCUCCUCUCCGGUCGGACAGCGUAUCCAGAGAGCCACCAGCGCCGCCCUACAGGCCGAGGACUGGGGCAUCAACAUAGAAAUCUGUGACAUCAUCAAUGAGACAGAGGAGGGACCCAAAGAUGCAAUAAGAGCCAUAAAGAAGAAGAUUGUGGGAAAUAAGAACUUUAGGGAAGUCAUGCUGGCGCUGACUGUUCUGGAAACAUGUGUGAAGAACUGUGGCCAUCGUUUCCAUGUUCAUGUCUGCAACAGAGAAUUUGUGGAGGGGGUGCUUGUGCGGACCAUUCUCCCCAAAAAUAACCCUCCUACGAUCCUACAUGACAGAGUCUUAAGCCUCAUUCAGGCGUGGGCUGAUGCCUUCCGGAAUUCUCCGACUCUGGCUGGAGUGGUGAGCGUGUAUGAUGAUCUGAAGCGGAGGGGCCUGGAGUUUCCCAUGACCGAUUUGGAUGCUCUGUCACCCAUACACACCCCCAGCAGGAGCAUCCCGGAAAAUGGCACAUCUGCCCCGUCUGUUCCAGCACCUGCCGUCUCCAGGACUCACACUGCCGACCCCACACCCACACAGACUCCGCAGCCCCCACAGACGAAUGGGGGACCUGUUCCCAUCUCGCCUGAACAGAAACAGAAGCUAAGGGCAGAGUUGGACCUGGUUAAGGGAAAUCUCACAGUGAUGACAGAGAUGCUGAACCAGCUCAAACCAGGAGAGAGUUCACCAUCAGAUACAGAGCUGCUGCAGCAGUUGUACUCCGUGUGUAAGAGCAUGCAGCAGAGAGUGGUGGAGUUGAUCCCCUGCCUGUGUGAAGAAGAACUGAUUGGAGAGCUGCUGGUUAUGAACGAUGAUCUAAACAACGCUUUCAUACGCUAUGAGAGGUUUGAAAGACUCAGUGUAACACAAAGAACACCAACAGGACAAGACACAGGAAACCUUAUAGACCUUAACCCUGUUACACCAUCAGUCAAUCAGACUCCACUUCCACCUGUCAGUCAACCAGUGCUCCACCCUCCGUCCAAUACCGUGGUCCCUGCAGAAGAGGAAGAAUUUGAUAUGUUUGCUCAGACGAGAAGCAGUUCACUUGCUGAACAGAGAAAGAGUGUUAGGUAUGAAGACCCUGGUGCAGUAGAGGGUCUGGCUGGAGCACUGGACACUCGGCUUCAGGUCACCGGAGGGGAUGAGACAAGCAAGUGGACUCUACAGUCUCAGUGGAUUUACAGUGACAUAUAUGGUGAACCACUGGUGCCAGCACCACAGACUGCUGCUAUGACUGAAAUUGAGAAGUGGUUGUCUGAAGAACCGAACAAUGCUGAGGAUGGUGAAGGAGUGACCAGUGAAGAGUUUGAUAAGUUUUUGGCAGAGAGAGCUAAAGCGGUGGAGCAUCUCCCAUCUGUCCAGAAGAACUCCUCCGCUGGAACAAACCCCCGACAGCAGCCGUCCCAGUCCUCAAAGAAACAGGAGAGCGCUCAGGACCAGCUCUUCUCUCUCUAACUCACUCAGAAUAAUGAAGGAGGAACAGGUAGCACUGACAUGCACUGCUCAAACCCAUGAAGACCUUCACCUAGCUGCCUUUUAGGCUUUUGUGCUAUGCUUGUGCCAUUUUAUUAAGUGUCAUUAUCCAUGUCUAAUAAUGAUUGUUAUGGAAAGAGAGCAUUCAGCAACAUUUUGAGAUGUUGUUGAGAAGAUAAUGUCUUUUUGUGCAUCCAUUUAUAUCCAUACCCAUGAACUGCAGCUUUCAAACCAUCCCCAACUGUGUCACAGGCUAUGAUGAAGAAGCUAAUGCCCUGGACUGACAGUUUAAAUAGAGCAUAUUUAAAGCUGAACAGUUAAAGCCCCAAUCAGAAACUACUCAAAAGCCACUAUGGUUAUAAUAGGGUUGAUAUAACUUAUAUAUACUAAAUAAAAAUCUGUUUUUUAGUAUUUUACUGUUGUUAAAGGAAAAAUCUGGCAUUUUUCAACCUCUUUAUGCUGCAUCUGUAUUAUACAGUCAAUUACAGAGGACAAUUUAGAAAUAUUCCCCUAUUCCUAGAAAAGAACAGAAGGCUUGUUUACUGAAAGCACACUUAUAAUAGAAGCCAGUGGGCAGUUGUUUCUGGUCUUUUACUAAGUACAGUGUAAUGCAUCACAAUUUUUGACUGUUGUAAUCAGUUGUAUGCUGUGGCACAUACAGCAAAAAUUGGCUAGCACUGGAUUAUUCCUUUAAAGCACUUGCAUGUCAGGACAGCUAACGGAUAACAACUAACAGACCUUUGCUACAGGAAGGUUUUACAUUAGUAUUCACCUGUUAUGCAGCACAAGGGAACAAAUAAAUACAAAAAUACAAAUGUUGUAAGUAAUUCCAUUUUUUUUAACACAGUUGCAGUGGUAAAUUUCAGUAUCUGGUUACUAGGACGUUAACUUGCCUCCCUAAUCCUACCUUUGUUAUGCUGAGCUGUUCUGUAUUUGAAAGCUAUGCCAUUCAUGCCUGGGAGCCGUGAGGUAUAGAAAAAUUUGCAAAUCUCUGUAAAGUAUGAAAAAUGGUGUAUACAAGAUUGUUUUCUCAUCAUGCAGGUCAGCUUUCAAAAUGUCCAUGUAAGUAUAGAAAGCUAUACACAAUAAAUAACUGUAUUAAUAGUACUAUCCUUGAUUGUGAAUUAAAGAUUUGCUGGCUGUCCUCAAAUGAGACAAAAAAGACUUUUUCUUGGAUGGGUUGUAACAGGAGUUAGAUUUGACACAUUACAGUUGUAAAGACAUGACGUAAAUGUAAUGUAAAACAGCUGUGGCUUUUUUUAUUUUUUAACAUUGUGCCACUUCACCUGAAAAUAUGAACAUAGAUCAUCUAGAAGAUGAAGAAAAUUUUAAUCCUUCAUUUCGUCAAGCAUGUAGCCGGUUUCAGCAAAAGUGUUUUGCAGCAUCUCACAGCAAUGCUGUUUGCUUAUUUCUGGUACUGCUGCCUGUUCUCGCACAUGAGCAGACUGAGAAAUCCUGAGUUUACUGAGUUAAAAUCCAGCUUCUUUAUCAAAUUUCCUAAUCCGAUUUCUAGACCUUACUCCAAUUUAAGACAUUGUGUUUUUAAUCAGAUAACUGCAGAAAUCUGAUUAUGAUUGGAUUCUUGAUUGAACACACUCACUGAUGUUAUGUAGUGUAAAUAAAUUUCUGAUUUAACACACUGGAAAAAUAUGAAAUUAACUCACCUCAAAUUUUAGUGACUACAGCAAACUGAGGUUUCUGCCAUAGCAGAACAGCAGCCCACAGCAGCUGGAAGAAGCAAUUUAUGCAUGUGCAGAACAGCGCAGGGUUUGUUCUGGCCACCAUAACUGUCACUGGAUUCAUUGUUGCUUAACGUCCCUAUUAUAGUAGUGGCAGUGCUGAAUGAAGAAACCUUCAUCCUGUAAGAAAGUUUCAUCAUCAAAUGACUACCACAAGGCUCAUUCUAAUUCCAUGAGUGCCUCAAUACGGGUUCCUGAGCUGUGUAUAGGCUACUACAUAAAUAAAUCACUUUUUUCAGAACAUUGCCUUUUUUAAUGCAUGUUUUUAUACUUGAUUCCCAUGACUCUGUCCAACAGCAACUGUUAGUGCUGAUGCUAACGUUUCUGCUGUGUCCACUUUUGCAUCUGUGAAGCUGCUUCUUUAAUAAAUUGUUUUGAUUUA